AUGAGCCUCACUACUCAAUCUGUUCCCAACUUUGAGGAAGCCGCAGCAGUUGCUUCAGAGUUUAUAACUAGUUUGGAUAAUCUUCCACAAGAAGUCCAACAUCUUCUGCAUGAAAUUAAGCUCAAAGAACAACGCUGCCAAGAAUUACUGCAAGAUAUUUCCAAAGACCAAUCUAAAUAUAUUAAGGCAGCGCUGAAGCAAAGCUCGGCACCUUCGACCCCAACGGCUAAUUCAACUAGUAAAAGUCGUACUGCAUCCCCCAUAACAUCAAUGCCGACAAAUUCGCAUUCAAAGGCUCAUUUGCCUGCCCGCAUUACCUCUGCUUAUGCUGAAAUAGAUGUGCUUACCAAUGAAAAGGUGGAAAUCGCACAACGAAUCAUGAAUCUUUUGACGCGCACCCGAGCCCGACUUGACUCUGACCUGGCGAAAGUGCGCACGCUUCAAGGAGAACCCGCAGUGGAUAUCCGUUCUUCCUAUGUCACCGCGACAAACCAACUCCGGUCUGCGUCUCCUUAUGGCGUCAAACGACAAGAUGUUUCCAUUGGUCUUAGCCCCGUCAUCCAAAUUGGAGACAACUUGCGUAACGCAGUGAACGCGGCACAACCUGACAACGUCAUAUCUAUAUCAUCUGCUUCAGGUCCCUCGUACACGAAGAAACGCCGUCUAAAUACUAAUACAUCCAUCAAAUUGCCCAGUCCCGCCCCUGUUACAAUACCACAACAUUCAUCGUCGACGUCGAGGUCUCGGCAUUCGCGGCAGGCUCAAGCAGCACGAGUCCAGCAGCAGGAAGAAGAAGAUCCCGAUGCAGAUGCGGAGGGAGAAGAGGACCUCGAAGGAGACGCCGAUGAAGAAGAUUUGACAUUAUACUGUUUCUGCCACAAGCAAAGUUACGGCGAUUUCCAUAUUACCUGUGUCGGCGUCAAGACUCCACUUCCCGACAAGUGGUAUUGUCCAGAGUGCCUUAAGAAUAAGGGCAUGGGCACAGAAAAGCGCAAAGGUCGGAAGAAAUAG